UUUUGUGACUAUGUGGCAACGCCGUUAGACGCCUCUUGUUUUGAUUUUGCUUUGGCGUGGAAAACUGUAAAUAAAUAUUGUUUUUCUGCAUAAAAGCCCUUUUUAAACAUGACGGAGUACUGGAAAUCCAACGAGCGCAAGUUCUGCGACUUUUGCAAAUGUUGGCUGAGCGACAACAAGGCGAGCGUGGCCUUCCACGAGAGUGGCAAGCGGCACAAGCUGAAUGUGGCCAAGCGGAUCACAGACAUCAGCCGGAGCAGCGAGAAGUCCGAGAGGGAGCGCCAGAAGAUGGACGCUGAGAUCCGCAAAAUGGAGGAGGCGGCCAUGAAGUCGUAUGCCCAGGAUGUCCAUGCCCAUGGCGACAUGACUGCCCGCUCCAUCAACACAGUGAUGAGGGCCACUGCCGCCGCUGCCUCCUCCUCUUCCGCCGGCAGCGUUAGCUCCCAACGCCAGCGUCAGGUGGAUCCCAUGCGACUCGAAGGACUCUCGGACGAGGAAGAGGACAAUCGGCGUGUGAACAUAAGCAAGGUGGCCGAGACUGCUGCGGUGCCAGAGGCUUCGCUGUGGGUCGAGGGCAAGUCGGAUGAGGGGCACACGUACUACUGGAACGUAAAGACCAACGAAUCGGUGUGGAAGAAGCCCAAGGAGGGCUUCCUCUCCUACGAGGAAUACGAGCGCAUCAAUCAGCUGGCGGUGGACCAGCAGGAGUUGUCGCAGGCCGAGGAAUCGCGACGCUUUCGGGAGAACGCCGACGAGGAAGUGGCCCGUGUGAAUCGAGAACGGAUGAAAGCCUACCGAAAACCGGAGAAUCCCAAGGAAAAGAAGCAAAAGGAGGAGAAGCGCAAUGCCUUCAAAACGGAGGAAGAGGCGGCCACCAAGGAGAUUGGACAAUGGCAAUCCGUGGUGGUGAAGCCCCCAGAGGAGCCCAUUGACUGGCAGCUGCCCACAACGGAUUACUACACUGCUGCUCCAGUGGUCUCGGCCACCUCCAGUGAGCCCGAGCCCCCCGUCAAGCGCUUCAAGGAGAAGACAAUAGGAGGUCUGGACGAGGAGACGGCCUCCAGUGCACCUGCCACGUUCAAAAGGAAGUUUGUCAGGAAGGGAAACAGUCGGCAACGAGUAGAGGACUAGUUAAGAUGAUUUUAAAUAGGGAAAAUAAAAGUAUGAUCUACAUUAUAA